AUGGAACACUGGCCAGCCACUUCGACGCGUCCAUGGUCUUCGCGGAACUACUGGUGGGACCGCACGUUUGGGGGUCGCAGAUUGGUCCCCAUUGAGGUGGGAAGGUCGUAUACCGACGAGGAUUGGGGACAGAAGAUCAUGCCGUUCAAAGAGUUUGUAGACAAGUACAUAUGGCAAGGGAAACUGGCCCUGACUGAGGCGCCUGAAAAACAGCCCCAGGUCACCAAUCUCGAUGGAGAGACAGCAUACAUGGCACAACACGAUCUACUUACUCAAAUACCCGCCUUGCGUAACGACAUCAGUGUGCCGGACUACUGCUAUAUCACUCCACCCGGGCCAGAACCGGGAACACCAGUGUAUGAGAAGAAAAAGCGAGAGCGCGAGGCGAAAGUCCAAGCACAGGUCUCUGAAACCUCGCAUGGGCCCCAGUUGGACACAGCACCAAAUGAACAUGACAUAGCCGAUCACCACUCAGAAGCAGGCUCGCUUAUGGGAAUCCCCAGCGACCCGAUCAUCAACACCUGGAUCGGACCGGCGUGGACGAUCUCCCCUCUCCACCACGACCCCCACCACAAUAUCCUCGCGCAGGUUGUGGGCACCAAGUACGUCCGGCUGUACUCGCCACAUACGCCCGGCUCUCAGAUCUACCCACGGGGCCAAGAAUGGGUCACAUCUAUUGAUGAGACCGCAGAGCCAGAUCCUGUAUCCGGGGCUCUGCCAACGACUCGCAGACUAGUCGACAUGUCCAACACUUCCAAGGUGGACCUGGCUGCUAUCGAGACUUCUCCUGCUGAGUACGAGCAAUGGGAAGAGAUGUGGCCUGGAUUCAUGGACGCCGAUUAUGUGGAGACUGUUCUCAAGGAAGGCGAGUGUCUCUAUAUUCCUGUUGGGUGGUGGCACUAUGUGCGUGGAUUGAGGGCUGGGAUCAGUGUGAAUUUUUGGUGGGGAUGA